AUGCGCUUCUCACAGGUCCUGUCUUUCGUUGCCGUCGCAGCCACGGCUGCCGUCGAGGCCGUCUCUCUACCGCCAGGCGUUCCGAGAAAUGUGCUCGAGUUCCGCGACAAGCACCCCUACAAGAAUCCUAAACCCGGUUGCCGCAAGAUCGUCAGGAUUCGAGCCUCUGAGGAUGAUGAAGAUGACGUAUCAGCCGAGUUCAAGAAGGGUGUCGAAGAGGCCAACAACGGCGGCACCCUUUACCUGCCCGAGGGAGAAACUUUUGUCAUUGGCAAGGUUCUGGAUCUAACGGGCCUAAGUGAUAUUCACGUCCGCUUGGACGGCGAGAUCAAGUUCACGAACGACGUCGAGUACUGGCAGAAGAACGCGUGGUACCACCCCUUCCAGCGCUCCAUUAUGUUCUGGAAAUGGGGCGGCCACGAUAUCAAGAUCUAUGGUGAGGGUGUCAUCGAGGGUCAGGGUCAACGUUGGUGGAAUGAGUUUGAGGCCGGCACGGGAUCCAUUCUGAACCCCGGCAACAAGUACUAUCGACCCAUCCUGUUCUAUGCUGAGAACACCACCAACCUGGACGUCUCUGGCAUCCAUCUGAAGGACUCUCCUUGCUGGAACAACUUCAUCGUCAGCUCCAAGAAUGUCAGGUACACAGACGUCAUUGCCACAGCUCUCUCCAACAAUGGCAGCAUUAUCCCCAAGAACACCGACUUUAUGAACACGAUGAACACGUCUAGUGUCUCCAUCGAGCGCGUUUGGGUCAACAUUGACGACGACUGCUUCUCUCCCAAGCCCAACAGUUCCGACCUUUACGUCAACACCAUGUACUGCAACGGCACUCACGGCCAGUCGAUGGGAUCUCUCGGUCAGUACAAGGGUGAGGUGUCCAACGUGCAUGACGUCCACAUUGAAAACGUCUGGAUGAUGAACGGCGAUUACUCUGGCGCCCGUAUCAAGAUCUGGGCCGGCGCCGAUAUUGGCACUGGCUACGUCAACAACGUCACCUUCAAGAACUUCUGGGUCGCCCGCAUGGACUACGGCAUCAUUCUCGACUCGUGCUACUUCAACAAGUCCGUCGAGGAGUGCAACAAGUACCCCUCAGGCAUGGACAUCACGAACAUUCGCUUCGAGAACUUCACCGGCUACACGUCGGGCGUCUACGGCAACGCCGUGGCCCGCCUCUCCUGCUCGACGGCCGACUCGGCCGUCUGCGACAACAUCGUCAUCAAAGACUUCAACGUCAAGUCGCCGUGCGGCGGCGAGCCCGUCAUCAUCUGCGACGGUAUCGGCGACGACCUCGGCCUCCCCUGCGUGCCCUACAACAGCCCCGAGGCCCAGGCCGCGCUGGCGGCUAAGUGCUCGACCCCGAUCGCCGAGAUUGACACGAGCCCGUGGGAGGGCGCCAAGAUUGAGGACAAGUUUGACGCCUAUCACCCGCUGUCGUACUACCCGGAUCGAGACGACUGA